AUAUGCCUCUUCAAUCUAAAUUAGCAUUCAAAUCUCCCGAUUCUCUUAAAUACAAAUCUGUACCUAAGAUCGAAAAUGCUAAUCACGUAGUUCAUACCAUUAAUACCAGUUCUAAAAUGCUUAUGUGGAUUUGCAAAAGUUGGGAAGAAUACCCCGAAAAUACGGCAGCUAUUACUAAGCACUCUCGAGUUAAAAAUGCCUGUGAAGGCUGUCAUAAACAAAAGAUAAAAUGCGAAGACAUCAAACCAUGUACACGGUGCAAAAAUAAAAAAUUAACCUGUGAGAUAAAUGUACCUCCUGGUAGUACAAACAACCCCUUGUCGUUUAUUACCAGCAGUAACGACAUGAAUCUACCUGUAGAUGGAGACCCACGUUCUCCAACUCCAGACAAAAGUCCCCAGAUUGUAUUUAGCUCUCCUCUUCGAUUGUCCACAGCUAUCAAACAAAACCUCGUCCAUACCACACAUGGUGUCGCUCCACAAAAACCAAAUAUAUCGGCCAAUGACAAACGCCAUCUCUUGAAAGUCUAUUUCAAUAGGCGAGAUCCAUUUUACCCCAUGUUCAGCUUAAACUAUCUUGAAGAUCAACUCAAAAAGUGCGAGAAUAAUGAAAGAUCCUUUCUAUCCCUUUUCUUCUUUUACGCGUUGUUCUCACGGGCCUCUAUUUUCUGCACUCAAAGGCUCCAAGCUCUCGAAGAACAACUCCUAGAUUAUGCAAUCUAUCUAAAAAGCCUGUACAUCACCACAAUUGAUCCAAGUAACAUGUUGGCGCUUGUAAUCCUUGCUAAUCACAAAUCGCAUAGACAACUCGACAAUGACUUUGCUUUGGUGAAAACACUUUCAAAGGAGGCUGUCGAGCACACUAAGCUGUUGAUUGAACAUUAUUAUGAGCAAAAUGGCACCUUUCCUCCCUCUUAUUACGAACAGUACAAGCGCUCCAUUUGGUGGGUUUUUAUUAUGGAUCGUGUAUUGCAUAUCGAACAAGAAGAGAGUUUUUCUUUAGAAGAGUGUAAAGUACCUGUUGAUUUACCUGAGAAGGAUAUUGAGAUUGACAAUUAUUAUGAUGAUGAUAAUGAUGUCGAUCAUACCAAUAUCAUGGACCAGUGGCUAGAAGGGUUCAGGUUUAUUAUCAUAAUGACCAAGGCUCUUGGGCGCGGCGUCAACUUCUAUCGAACUUGGAUCAUCAAAAAGGAAGUAACAAGCAACUAUAAUCCAUACAUAUACACACUCGACAAUUGGAUCCUGACAGAAUAUUUGUCUUUAAAAUACAAUCCUCCUCAUCUCAAAUGUAUUUUUAAGGACAAGGCCACAACCGCCAAACUUUCCAGCACAGAUUCUACCAGUCAAACAUCUACAUCCCUCGAGGGUCUCACUGAAAACGACGGGCUCAACCUGAUAUAUUUCUUAGUUGGCUUUCUAGUUCUACAUCAACCGUAUACAGUCUCACAGUAUGGAAUCGGGGAAGACAUUUCCAAAGUCUCCAAGCGAGGCUGUAAAGCGGCAUCGGCAAUGAUCAUAAAGGUUGCAAUCUGGAUGGGUCAAGAUAGCUUUAGUUCGAUUUCCAGGUCGCCAAUCGUCAUGUUUGCUCUUUUCAGUUCUCUCCAGCUGCUUGCUCAAUUUGGCAUAGACAAAGAUCACGAUAAACCACAGUCGACCCACAGUGUUUUUGACAAUGGUCUCAACUUUGCAACAAACCUUCCACUUACUACUUCUAGCAAAAGAUUGCAGACAAAAUUGGAAGAUAUUUAUGCCAAAUACAGUGCAAUGGCUUGCGGAAGCAAUCCAAGAAUAUGUAAGCAGACCAAGAAUAUCUCUCGAUCAUCUUGUCGCAAACCCAAUGACAGCCACCAGGACGAGAAUUUACCCGAAAAAGCGGGAAAUAAGCACAAAAACUCUACAUCAAUAACUAAUCUCAGUGUCUUUGACGCAAAAUGUGACAAAGACAGCCGAAAAAAACAAAGUAAACGGAACAACACACAAGAUAAGCAACGAAAGAAAAAACUCAAGAAACCAAAUGACCAACAAUCAUCGCGUGCAGUCGAUGAUGGAGUAAGCUCUGUGGAAACACCAGCAACAAUGCCCACGGAUAGUUUUCCUCUACCAGAAUAUGAUUCAGAAAGAAAUGGGAACAUCUGUGCGGUAGAGCAUGACCUACAAUGUCAAGAAAUCCCACAACCUGCCAUUAUACCACCUAUAGCGCCGUCAAAUUUUUAUCCGGUACACACGUUUGCUCAACCACCACAACCUCCGCAACCUCCACCACCACUACUACUACUACCACACCAACAUCAAUAUUGUCAAGGCAUCUCGACCCUGCAACCUCUUGACAUUGUGACCCUACGAUUUCUUGACAUGUCGAUCCGACAACUUCUUGACAUGUCGACCCUACAACUUCUUGGCAUAUCGAUCCCACAACUUCUUGACAUGUCGAUCCCACAACUUCUUGACAUGUCGAUCCCACAACUUCUUGACAUGUCAACCCUGCAACCUCUUGACAUGGUGACCCUACGAUUUCUUGACAUGUCGAUCCGACAACUUUUUGACAUAUCGAUCCUACAACUUCUUGACGUGUUGACCUCACAACUUCUUGGCAAGUCGAUCAUACAACUUCUUGACAUGUUGUCCUCACAACUUCUUUACAUCCCAACCCUCCAACUUGACAUGUUGACCUCACAACCUGACAUGUCGUCCCCAGAAUUUCUUAAACAAGAAGAAGUAAGUAACUCACCAGACCAGCCGCCUAUGGACCGCUAUACCUACUAUAACCCGGUGAACCGGAGCCCUGAGCGAAAUUCCGAAAAUAAUGAUGUACCAGAAAACAAUGCUCCCCACCAUAUCCCUUUAUUUUCUAACCAGUUAUUCAGUUCCAACAUGACAUAG